AUGCUGAGCAUCCCGACGCCGACGACGUCCGUGCGGUCCAUCAUCCAUUUCGCGUCCUUGCUGUCGUUCCAGGGCGGGCUGACCGUCCCGGCGUAUGCGGCGGCUAAAGGGGGCAUUGCGCAGCUUGUCAAGGCGUUCUCGAAUGAAUGGAGCGCGAGGGGUGUCAGAGUCAACGCGGUCGUACCUGGGUAUAUCAAGACGGAUAUGAAUUCUGCACUUCUUGCGAACCCUACGAGACUUAGGCAGAUCAGCGAGCGCAUCCCUGCCGGGCGAUGGGGCGACCCUGCCGAUUUUGCAGGUGUGGUCGUGUUCCUCGCGAGCAAGGCGAGCUUGUACGUCUGCGGAGAGCUCGUCGUUGUCGAUGGUCCUUUUUCGAGGGUCCCCUCGCAGUUACCUGGACGGACGGGAAGGGGUAGUGAUUUGUUAUGCAUAUACACUACUCUCACGGAGUUGGCGAUUGAUGGCGGCCCGCUUCUCCGUGGAUGGAUGGGUCGGUAA